CUAGGAGCCUCUAGCACCGGGUCUGGACUUUUUUUAAUCAUUAUGCGCUUCAUGAUAUGCAGCGAGCAGGAGGCGUGUUAGUAUCCUAUGUGUUCAGGAGACAAAAUGGAAGGGGCAAAAAGCGAAGGAGGUGGAGAACACUGGUUUCAAACUUUGGUACUCAGGAACAGUGGCAAACAAAAAUGGAGUAGGUAUCCUGAUUGAUAAGACCCUCAAGGAUGGAGUGGUGGACGUCAAAAGACAGGGAGAUAGGAUUAUCCUAGUCAAACUAGUUUUGGGGGAUGUAGUCUUGAACAUUAUAAGUGCAUAUGCCCCUCAGGUUGGUCUCAGUGAGAGCGAGAAGAGGAAGUUCUGGAUCAGUACCCAUAGGGAUAAACAAGCUAAAAUUGCGAGGACGAAGUGGUGAAAACUCAAAGGGGAGACAUCCAAAGUUUUUAGGGAAAGAGUUUUGUGGAGGGCGCUUGGAUUGAAGAAGAUGCAAACAACAUGUGGGUGAAGAUGGCAACUUGUGUUAGGAAGGCGGAGUCAGAGGUGUUUGGAGUGACCAAAGGGAGUAGCGGUGAACCUAAGGAUACUUGGUGGUGGACCGAGGAUGUUCAAAAGGCAAUAAAGGAGAAGAAAGAAUGUUACAGGAGCUUGUUCCAUGACAGGAGCGCGGUCAACAUAGAGAGGUAUAAGGUGGCAAAGAAGACUGCAAAGCGAGCUGUGAGUGAGGCAAAGGGUCGAGCCUAUGACGAUCUUUAUCGAAGACUAAGUACAAAGGAAGGGGAGAAGGAUGUCUAUAAGAUAGCUAGGAUUCGGGAAAGUAAGACGAGGGACCUCAACCAAGUUAAAUGUAUUAAGGAUGAGAUGGAUCAACUCUUGGUGAAAGGACAAGACAUCAAACAGAGGUGACAGAGGAUCCAAGAAUCAGAGGUCAAAGAAGCUUUAAAGAGGAUGAAAGGGGGCAAGGCAAUGGACCCAGAUGGUAUUCCAAUAGAGGUGAAAAUGCCUUGGGGAUAUUGCUACCGUUUGGCUAACCAAGUUGUUCAACCAUAUUUUUUCAAUCAAACAAGAUGCCCGAUGAGUGGAGGAAUACAUUAGUACCAAUCUUCAAGAACAAGGGAGAUAUUCAAAGCUGUACGAACUAUCGAGGGAUUAAGCUCAUGAGCCACACUAUGAAGCUAUGAGAGAGAGUUAUUGAGCAUCGCCUGAGAGGAAUGAUGCAUAUCACCAUGAAUCAAUUUGGAUUCAUGCCUGUAAGGUCAACCAUGGAAGUAGUUUUCUUAAUAAGGCAGGUCAUGGAGCGAUAUAAGGAGCAGAAGGACUUGCACAUGGUUUUUAUCGACUUGGAAAAGGUCUAUGAUAAAAUACCUAGGAAUCUCAUGUGGUGGGCAUUGGAUAAGUAUAAAGUCUCAACAAAGUAUGUUAUGCUCAUCAAGGACAUGUAUGACAAGGUUGUGACUAGCGUCCGAAUAACUGAUGGUGAUACAAAUGUUUUUACGAUUAACAUAAUACUACAUAAAGGUUCAACUUUGAGCCCUUAUCUAUUUGCCUUAGUGAUAGAUGAGGUCACGAGGGAUAUACAAGGAGAUAUCCCUUGGUGUAUGCUUUUCGUUGAUGAUGUAGUUUUAGUAGAUGAAAGCCGGGAAGGAGUAAAUAGAAAGCUAGAGUUAUGGCGUCAGACCCUAGAGUCAAAAGGAUUUAGAAUUAGCAGGACCAAAACUGAGUAUAUGAGAUGUGACUUUGAUACUACAGUUAGUGAGGAUGGAGAUGUAAGUUUGGGAGGCCAAGUAGUACCAAAGGACACCUUUUGUUAUUUGGGAUCGUUGGUACAGAGAGAUGGUGAUAUUGAUGAAGAUGUUAGCCAUAGAAUCAAAGCGGGGUGGAUGAAAUGGCGUCAAGCAUCGGAAAUCCUAUGCGACAAGAGAGUGCCACAUAAGUUGAAAGACAAGUUCUACAGGACAGCGAUUAGGCCUGCUAUGUUAUAUGGGGCUGAGUGUUGGCAAACUAAGAGACGACAUAUCCAACAACUAAGUGUGGCUAAUAUGCAUAUGUUGCGUUGGAUAUGUGGACACACAAGAUUGGACCGAGUGAGAAACAAUGACAUACAUGAUUGGCUAGGAGUAGCGCCAAUUGAAGAAAAGCUUAUUCAACACCGGUUGAGAUGUUUUGGGCAUGUCCACCGGAGACCCCCAGAGGCACCGGUGCAUAGAGGCAUUAUAAGACGGGACAAUAAUGUGAAGAGAGGUAGGGGUCGAUCAAACUUUACAUGGGAGGAGGCAAUCAAAAGGGACUUGAAGGAAUGGAAUAUCCCAAUGGAGUUGUGUUUGGAUAGAAAUGCUUGAAAAGAAGCUAUCCACAUGCCCGAACCGUGAUUAGGCCUUUUUCCUUUUAGUGCUGUUAAAACUUUUCCCCUCCUCUUUCUCUCUUUCUCUUUUUGGUGACAUCUUGUUGGGUUUCAACUCUAGCUACCCCAACUUGCUUGGGACUAAAAGGCUAUGUUGAUGUUGAUGAUGUAUGUGCUUCAUGAUGCAAGGAAAAAGAUAAAAAAACUCGACCUGCGGGGGGUAAGACAGCCCCCGGGCAUUGUAUUAAGAAGAAGACCUUCUCACACAGGUCGAGAAAACCCCCGAACCCUUGCCCCACCCAUACACAGCAGCAUCGAAGCCCAUGUGAGGACCACGACCGGGGCUGAGCCUUAGACCUGUGCUUUGGCGUGGGACAGACGAGGGGAUUUUUUAACCACAGCCUGAAAUUCGCUCCCACGGGGAGUCGAACCCAGGACUUGAGGAGUGCUACUCAGACCACCUAACCAACUCAGCUAGAGGUCCUUUCGCUGCAAGGAAAAAGAUAGUUCCAUCCGAUUUGUAGUAUUAAGCGCAAAAGCUCAAACGAACAAAAAAUGCGGCCAACCUAGGAUGUAAGAGGAACAAGAUGGUGUUGUAAACCCUGUUCUUAAGGCGUCGCCUAGGCGUCCAGACGGAGGUCCAACGCCUAGGCGCCUUGUCCGCCUACCUCGCCUAGGCGCCGCCUAGGCGUCCAGGCGGUGGUCAAACGCCUUGGCUCGCCUUACCGCUUUAAAAACCAUGGUUGUAAAUAAGAAGAAAUAAGCACCAAAUUCAAGUCAAAAAGGCCUUCAACCUAGGGUGUGGUGUGGUGGGGGGCUAUAUGCACAAACCUUCUACCAACGAAAUUAGUUUCAGUUGCUAACACUCGAACAAACACGACCUAAGCAUGAUUACAUUUCUAUUUACAUGCAAUGUUGUGUUCGUUGUUCUACUAAUUAGUGUGCAUAUCUUAAUAUCUUAAGCUUUUAGAUUACAUAGGGCAUCACUAUUUGCUACCUCAAGAUGUUUAAUUACCACAUUACCUUGGUGCUUCAAGAUAUCUGGCGCAGUUUUGUAUGAAACUUGUGCAAUGCAUGAUACAUAAAAUAAUUACAUAAUUUGAGCAGUUUGUUAGAGGUUAUUUUUUAGGUUGCCAUAUGUUGUUGUGGCGGUUACUGCAGUGGCUAGUGUUGAGGGAGCACAAGGAGGCUGGCCGAGGGCCUUGCCCGCAACCAAGCAAGAGGAAAGGGUUUACUUCUUAAUUCUGGCUUGAUUAGAUUGAUACGUCUCCUCUUUUUAUAUAGAGAGGCUUACUUGACCCCUAAGCAAGCGAUCCUUAUCUUUUACUUGACCCUAAGCAAGCGAUUCUUAUAUCCUAAUUUACCCCUAAGCAAGCGAUCCUUAUCCUAACCAAAUUAAUCUAACUUCUCUUUCCCAACAAACCGAACUAAUCUAAAAUCUCUUUCCUAACAAACCAAUCUAAUAUGUUCGACACUCUUGCCAUAACACUACUGCACCCUUCCACCAGCACAACUCGUCCUCGAGCUGUGCUGGUGGCCAUGGUUGCAGAUGUCAGUGUUUCCCUGGAAAUGUGGGGCUUAAACGAGCACCAUCCAGGCGAUGGAAUUGCAUGCGUACAACUACCUCGAUCCCAUGGUGUAGUAUGGUGGGUGUUGAGACAGAGAGUGGUCACAACGAUGGCUAGUGAGACGCCCUUGUGGAGGUCGGUGACGAAAUGCGGCGGUGCUAUGCAGUGCGUGCUUGCAAGGAAUCUCAUACCUUCUCGCUGGAUGGCUGCUGGUCUGUGCCACACUGGGAAGUCCGUGAAGCUGAGGUACCUCAGAGGACAGAACUUGUGCCUUGGAGGGCGGGACAAGUGCCCCGAGGGCCGGAAGAGUUGCCUGAGGGUCUAUGUAGGAGUUGCCCCGAGGGUCGACGGAAGAGGUGCCUUGAGGGGCGGAACAAGUGCCUCGGGGGGCGAAACGCGAAACAAGUGCUCUGGAGGUCUGAAGAGUUGCCUCGAGGGCUGAGAGAGUUGUCACGAGAGGCGGCACACGAGGUGCCUUGGUGUACGGCACAAGAAUUGUUCUGAGGGCUAGGCGAGAUAUAUGCCCUGAAGGUUGGAACAGGUGCCACAUGCCAGAACAGGUGCCUAGAGGAUUGGGACAUGUGCCCUAGUGAGUGAAUGCUGCCCAUGGAAGAACUGCUCACAUUAGCCGAGCCAGUUCAGGAGGUCCUCCUUGUCGUCGUAGGUGGAGAAGAACAGAACGUUGUUGUUCCGUACCCCAUCAUCCCAUAGGGAAAGCCUUGGGGUAUGGCGCCUGCUGAUGAGGAUGCUUGGUGGCUCCCCACGUAUGGAACUAGAGGUGGAGGCACGAUGGUGGCAGAGGUAAGUGUGGGCGCGAUUGACGUUUUGGUGGAGGUCGCCGAUAUGUUGC